UCCGGGUGUUGUCUGGUUGCCGCCGCCGUGCGUCUCCGGUCUCCCGGCCGCCGCCGCCGCCGCUGCCGCCUCGGGUCCCGGAGCCAGGAGCGACGUCACCGCCAUGGCCGGCAUCAAAGCUUUGAUUAGUUUGUCCUUUGGAGGAGCAAUUGGGCUGAUGUUUUUGAUGCUUGGAUGUGCCCUUCCAAUAUACAACCAAUACUGGCCUCUCUUUGUUCUGUUUUUUUACAUCCUUUCACCUAUCCCAUACUGCAUAGCGAGAAGAUUAGUGGAUGAUACAGAUGCUAUGAGUAACGCUUGUAAGGAACUUGCCAUAUUUCUUACAACAGGCAUUGUUGUCUCAGCUUUUGGGCUCCCUAUUGUGUUUGCCAGAGCACAUCUGAUUGAGUGGGGAGCUUGUGCACUUGUUCUCACAGGAAACACAGUCAUCUUUGCAACUAUACUGGGCUUUUUCUUGGUCUUUGGAAGCAAUGAUGACUUCAGCUGGCAGCAGUGGUGAGAGGAAUUACUGCACUAUUGUCAAGUGGACUUCUUGUCAUUUGUUGGCCAUCUACGCACACAGGAGCUGGGGCAGGGAAGCUGAGUGGCACAGCAAGCCUCUUGGGGGUAUUCUAGGUGCUCCCUUCUCACUUUUAUUGUAAGCAUACUAUUUUCACAGAGACUUGCUGAAGGAUUAAAAGGAUUUUCUCUUUUGGAAAAGCUUGACUGAUUUCACACUUAUCUCUACUAUGCUUUUUGUGGUGUCCUGCUGAAUUUAAAUAUUUAUGUGUCCCUGUUUAGUUACUUUUUUAAAUCAGUAUGCAAUGUUAAGCAUUUUAAAAAUGUAAUAACCAUUUACAUUGGUUAGAAAUUAGAUUUCUGCUGGCUAUUACUGGGCUAAAGGACAUCUUUUGUCUUAAAAUUAUUUAACCUCCAUUGCAAAAGUUCAAAGAAGUUUUCAAUCAGUCAGGAUGACAACACUCCCAAUUUUAUGCAAACAUACAGACUGUUGGCAUACCUUAUAGACUGUACACUCAGCGCAAAUAUAGCUGCAUUUAUACCUCAGAGGGGCCAAGUAUUAAUGCCCGUGCCCUCCUAAGGGUUGCUGGUUUUGCCAGGAAGCAGGUGUUUUGUGAAUUGAAAAUUAUUUUAUGGGAUUGCUGCAAAGGAGUGCUUUUCUUCUCAAUUGUUAGAAGAAUUUAUUGUUAAAGGUAAGCGUGUAAAAGCAGAUUUUUGAGAUGGUUUUUAUUUAUGUUUAUUAUAGUUAAAGUAGAGUGAGUUGCAUUGUGGGAAGAAACGACAUUGAAAUUCCACUUUUUGAAUCCUCUUUCUGUCUCUGAGUGAAAUGUUUGAUCUUCUAUCAGCCUUCCAUAUUUUACCAUGGGUGAAACAGACAUACGUGGAACUAUACUACUGAUAAGGGAAAGUUGUAUGUUUGCGUCAUCUAGACCAGAAAACCCUUCCCUGCUUCCUCCUUUUAACUUAUUUUAUACAUUGUAUAUAUUAAGUAAAAUAACUUUUCAAAUAUAGUUUAAUAACACUUUAAAUUAGAGGUGUUUAUCUCACCUGGAAAGUAAUCGCUAUGCCAUACAAGCCGAGCGCCCCCUGCCCCGCAAGGCCUUGACAUGAUUAACAAGUGACUUGUUAGUCUUGCAGAGAAGUGAUGCAUUAACAAUUUAAGAUUUAGACCAUGGUAAUUGUAGUUCUUAUUCUCUAAGGUUAUAUCAUAUGUAAUUUAAAAAUAUUUAAGACAAGUUUCCUGUAUACCUCUCAACUUUCUUGAUUUUUAUUUCAUCAUGAUAGAUACGCUGUUCCUUUUAAAUGGCAUUUAUUGUGUGAAUUAAUGCAAAGUAGCCAAAUCCAGCUGUAUAGCAGCUUCAAACACAGACCUGACCAAAAAAUUCCCGGUAACCAGGCAUGAUCAAAUGGUAGUGGUCAUUUGCAUCUCAACAAUUAUCAGUACCUUUUUCUAGAGCUAGUUAGGAAAGUGGUUUGAGUUGGUCUGACAGUAUAUUGUUGAGGAUAUUUGUGUGUUUAGUCAGUAUACUUACAGGAAAAUUAUUUUGCCUUCAGACAAAACUGAGUGAUCAUGACAGCUACCUUUUGUUGUUUUAUAGAGUUUAUUUCUCAAGAAAAUGGAAACAGAUUUUGGGUUUGUUCAGCUUUUUACUGAAGAUGUGUAAAGGCCACAGGUUUUAUUGCUGAACCCAUGUUGUGACUUUAGCUGUGAGAUGGGCAGCAGAACAAAAGAUCUGCAUGUGGCCGUCCCACUUAGACAGUAGGCUGGACAUGACUUGCGGUGUUAUAAUGACGGAGACCUAAAGAGGAAGGUACAGGUACGCAUGAAGUAGCUGGCCAUACAGUUGGGAACUCAGUGCCUGUGAUCUACUUGAUUUUUUUUUUUUUUUUUUUGCAGGCAGUACAUCCUCUGGCCCUUCCCCAUUUUCUGUUCUAGAAUAUCAGUGCAGUGCACUGCUACUGUUUUAUUCACUUGGCCAUAGACUCUUUUUCUAACAGCUGCAUAUUCUUUCUGUGUACUGAUUGCAUUGGCAGCAUUGUGUCUUUCGUCUUGCACACUAGCUUGACAUAGUGCUGUCUCUGAUUUCUAGGCUAGUUAUUUGAGGUAUGAAUUUUCCAUAGAAUAUGCACUGAUCCUGCAUUGCCAUUCUUCUAUGGAAAGAAAACUUUUGAUGAUGAAACAAUAAAGAUUUUAAAUACCUA